CGAAAGCAGUUGUUGCAGUGUCCGGUUGCCCCCUCUCGAACCAAAUCUGUAACUGUAGUGCAGCCCCACAAUAAUCCAUUCGUCAGUCCAGCGCUGCCAGUUGUUCCAUUCCAUUCAGUCCUCUUCUUCCUCCGAUCCUUCAUCCUUGGCUGCCGCCUGCUGCUAUAAAUAUCGCACGCUACCUGCAGAUAAGCUAGCUAGCUGCAGGAUCGGAAACCAAAGGCCCUCCUCCAUCCAGAUCCAGCUGCAUGCUCAAUUGCUCAUCCAAUCCAGCACAUCAUCUUGGUCCACGGUAGAUUGGUAGAUGGGGCCUCUGAGAGGAGGAGGAGGCGGCGGCGGCGGCGGCGGCGGCGGCAUGGACGAUGAGGAGGCGAGGAAUCCGCAGCUGGUGGAUGCGGACGAGGCAUGCGCCCUCCUCAGCAUGGCCACGCACCAGUAUCUCGAUGUCAGGAUGUGGGAGGACUUUGACAAGGGCCAUGUCGCCGGUGCUCGGAAUGUUCCCUACUACCUCUCCGUCACUCCACAUGGGAAGGAGAAGAAUCCCCACUUUGUGGAGCAGGUGUCCGCGCUCUAUCCCAAGGACCAACACCUGAUUGUGGGCUGCCGCUCCGGCAUUCGGUCCAAGCUCGCCACUGCAGACCUCCUCAGCGCGGGCUUCAAGAAUGUGAGGAACCUAGAAGGCGGGUAUCUCUCCUUGCUCCGAAGCGCCAACCAGCAGCACCACCACCAGCAGGCUGCUGCUUAACCCAUCCAUUAAUUAUCCUAGUAUUAUUUAACCAUUCAUGCACUACAAAAUACUACUCCCUCCAUUUCAAAUUAUAAGUCAUUUUAAAAAUUUUGGAGAGUCAAAUCAUCUCAAAAUUUGACCAAAAUUAUAGAGAGAAAUAUAAAGAUUUAUGACAUCAAAUAGAUGCACUAUAAAAAUAUAACUAAUAAAGAAUCUAAUGAUACUUAAUUGGUAUCAUAAAUAUUAUUAUCUUGUCAUAUAAAGUUGGUCAAACUUGAAAAUUUUUGACUCUCUAAGAUUCUUGAAAUGACUUAUAAUUUGGAACAGAAAGAGUACUACUUUGUAUGUAUAAGGCGAUGGGCAUACAUACAUACAUACAGCGGUAUAUAUUUUCCUCUUUCAUGCUAUGCCUCCAUCGCCAUCCGUAUCGAUCUGUAUGCAAUAAAGAGGCCUGAACAACAAGUAAUGCAAUAAGCAAGAUCAUUCAUUUCCGCUAGUA